CCGGGACCGGCACUGAGAGGGCGAGCGCGGGGCACAGACGAACGGGCCGGCGGCAAGAUGUUCAGCUGGUUAGGGCGGCAGGCGGGCGGGCGCGGAGGUACGGGCGCGGACCCGGUGCAGACCGUGACGGGUGGCCUGCGCUCACUCUACCAGCGCAAGGUGCUGCCGCUGGAGGAGGCGUAUCGCUUCCACGAGUUCCACUCGCCGGCGCUGGAGGACGCCGACUUUGAGAACAAGCCCAUGAUCCUGCUGGUGGGCCAGUACAGCACCGGCAAGACCACCUUCAUCAGAUACUUACUGGAGCAAGACUUCCCAGGCAUGAGGAUCGGGCCAGAGCCCACCACCGACUCCUUCAUCGCUGUGAUGUAUGGGGAAACCGAGGGGAACACCCCAGGGAAUGCUUUAGUCGUGGACCCCAAAAAGCCCUUUCGAAAGCUUAGUCGCUUUGGAAAUGCUUUCCUCAAUCGAUUUAUGUGCUCCCAGCUGCCCAAUGAGGUCCUGAAGAGCAUCAGCAUAAUCGACAGCCCUGGCAUCCUGUCUGGAGAGAAACAGCGCAUUAGCCGAGGGUAUGACUUCUGCCAGGUCCUUCAGUGGUUCGCUGAGCGGGUGGACAGGAUUAUCCUGCUCUUCGAUGCACACAAACUGGACAUCUCAGACGAGUUCUCAGAGGCCAUCAAGGCUUUCCGGGGCCAGGACGACAAGAUCCGUGUCGUGCUGAACAAGGCCGACCAAGUGGACACACAACAGCUGAUGCGAGUCUAUGGAGCCCUCAUGUGGUCCCUGGGCAAGGUCAUCAACACGCCUGAGGUGCUACGCGUCUACAUCGGCUCCUUCUGGACGCAGCCCCUGCAGAAUACUGACAACCGACGGCUCUUCGAGGCCGAGGCCCAGGACCUGUUCAGAGACAUCCAGAGCCUUCCCCAGAAGGCGGCAGUGCGCAAACUCAACGACCUCAUCAAGCGAGCGCGGCUGGCCAAGGUACAUGCCUACAUCAUCAGCUUCCUGAAGAAGGAGAUGCCAAGUAUGUUUGGGAAAGAGAACAAGAAGAGAGAACUUAUCAGCAGGUUGCCAGAAAUCUACAUUCAGCUGCAGCGAGAAUACCACAUCUCUGCAGGGGACUUCCCCAAGGUCAAGGCCAUGCAGGAAAAGCUUGAGAACUACGACUUCACCAAGUUCCACUCGCUGAAGCCCAAGCUGAUUGAGGCCGUGGACAACAUGCUGACCAACAAGAUCUCGUCACUGAUGAACCUCAUUAGCCAGGAGGAGAUGAGCAUGCCCCCACCGCUCGUGCAGGGUGGCGCCUUCGACGGCACGGCCGAGAGCCCCUUCAACCAGGGCUACGGGGAGGGCGCCAAGGAGGGUGCCGAUGAGGAGGAGUGGGUCGUGGCCAAAGACAAGCCCGUCUACGACGAGCUCUUCUACACCCUGUCACCCAUCAACGGAAAGAUAUCAGGCAUCAACGCCAAGAAGGAGAUGGUGACCUCCAAGCUGCCCAACAGCGUCCUAGGCAAGAUCUGGAAGCUGGCUGACUGUGACGGCGAUGGCAUGCUGGACGAGGAGGAGUUCGCGCUGGCCAAGCACCUCAUAAAGAUCAAGCUCAGCGGCUACGAGCUGCCCAGCAGCCUGCCCCCCCAUCUCGUGCCGCCCUCCCACAGGAAGUCCUUGUCCAAGGCCGACUAAGGGGCAGACGACUCACAGGGAAGGCAGUGUGGGGCGGGAAUCAGGGCAGCCUGGGCCUGAGGCCCACCCUGUCACCAGCUCACUGAGUGACCCUGGGUGAUUCACUGCCUGCCCUGUGCCUCAGUUUCCCCAUCUGUAGACUGGGAAGGGCAGACAUUGGACCCUAGAUCAGGUCCUUUUACCUUAAAAUUCCCUGAGUUUCUAUUAAAAUACUGGGGAGAGGGGAUGGAUAUGAAGUUUGAAGGGUUGAGAACAAAGGGAGAUUCCAGGAAGGCUUCCAGGAAGUCCUUGGAAGCCUGGAGAAACUCGGAUAUGGAAUCCCAGGAACCACAGGGAGUGAGCCGGAGCACUGCUAAGCUCCACUGGACUGUUCGUUGUUAUGAGCCCAGCUCUCCCUCAGAGAACAAUGGGAGGCAGCAAAGACCAGCUUAUUUAUUUUGUUCCCUGCUUUAUUUAGAGUGGGGAAAAAAAAAAAAAAAAACAAUAGCAGAGGUUUCUGUUCUCUCCAAACUAUCUACCAAAGAGAAGAGGGCUGCUCCGGCUUUGAGGGGAGGACACACCUUGUCUGCAUGUCCCGUCCCUCUGCUGGCCCACGGCGCAGGCAGCCAGGCCACAGGGAGUGUCCCCCACAGCAUCCACUGGCCAGCCUUCCCAGGGCUUCCCCAAACCCAGAGCCUUCCCAGCAAAGUUGUAUUUGGUUAGGAAUUUGGAACUCACAACCUUUACUAACCCCUGGCGAGAUUUCUAGUAUUCUAGUCACGUUGAAAUCUGAAGAUGAGCUUUACUUGUCUGUCCAAUAGUUUGUAGCAAAGAUUAUCAUUUAAACUAGAGGAAGAAAAGAGGUGGCUUUCCCCAGUCCUCAGUUAGCGUGGUCCCAUGUCUCCAAGGCUCCUUGGUUGAUGGCAGGAUUUAAAUUCAGCAAAAACAUGGCUUGGUGCAUGCACUGUCCUGGCCCUGUGGACACAAAGGGAAUGAGGGGCCUGCCCACCCUCACUGGCUAUCAGGUGGAAGAAGUCGGUCUACUGGUGUUAGAAACUAUUUUUAUAACAAGAAAAUGGGCAUUUUUAUCAUGUCCAGUUUUUUAAAUACAGUUUCUGUAUAAAAGAUAAAGGCCUUUAUGCAGAAACAAGAUGGAAUCUCUCAUAUAAAGCCUUUUCUUCAGAAUCUGUGUGGUUCAUACCACGGAUGCCUCAUGAGGCAGGGUUUGGGCACUUAGCUAUACAUCAGCUCCUGAGUGUUCUCUCCCAGGGCCCCUGUGUGAAUCUCUCUGGACCACUCACCCAAACGCCUGUGACCAAUGGAGAUCAGCCUCUGUGUGGGCUCCAGAUGCGGGAUGCAGGUGGCUUUCCAUCACCAUUACUUAUGCAGUAAGAGAGAGAUGGUAUUUCAUCACUAGUGUGAUGGCCACAUAGCCUGGAACCCUGCCGGCACCAAAAAUGAAGGAAAUCCAAACAGUCCCAUCCAAGUCUUCCCAAAACCACAUUUUUUUCCCCCCUGAUGUUAUCAAGGGCAGAACUGCGGAUUUAAAGACAUUUAUUUUAGAGAAACAUUAACCCAGUUGCCAGCCCUCAUGCUCCCUAGCUUACUUUCUAAAUAAUUUAGCUUUAAGAGAAGUAAAUACAUAACAUGGAUUUAGUCUUAAUGAGCACUUUGAAAUUAAUUAGACACAUAGAAAAGAGACAUUUGUAAUUCCAGUACUGUAAUCUGAGCAGAUGGUUCUGCAAACACCUGAGGACCACCCAGGCAUGUAAGCAUAGUUGAUUCCAGCAAAGGACAAGAUUGAGAGAGGAGGAGAGAGAGUUCAUUUGUCCAGAGGUUUGGAGAUGCCAGAGUUAGCCGAUUUCCACUCAGAUUGAUCUUGCUAUGUUCAGCUGUCAUGUAAAGAUAAAUAUAUACACAUAUGUCCCGUGAGUAUAUAUUUUUGACACUUAUUAAUGUGUGUAUAUGUAGAUUUUGUCUAUAUACUGACAUAGAGGAAGAUUGUUUUAGAGGAGCUGGAGAGGAGGUUUCUGAUGCUAUGAGGAUAGAAACACCUCAUGGGUGAUCCCCACCCCACCACCCCAUGACCUUGGCAGAUCAUCUAUCAGCUAAAUGCUGAGGAAAAAAAUGAAGAAAAAGGAAUUUGCAUGUCCAUUUUUGUUAAUAUCUUCUUUUAAAACCUGAAGUCACCCAUCGUGAAAAGUUGAUUGGAAAGAAACACACUGGAAACUAUUAGGAAUGGCAGCCAAGUGAGGACCCUUAUCUCCCCAGGACCUGCACAGAGUUUCUUGAGUCUGGAUCCAAAACACCUGUUACCCCCUGACCAUGUGCAGCAGGGCUGGUAACACAGAGCCCUCAGGAUCUGGACACCUUGGCCGACUGUGUUGUCCUCCCAGUACCACCUGGCUGUCUAAGAACGCCCUCCCUAGAGCACUCAUGGAUGGCUGGGGGUUGGAAGCAACUGAACUCUAGAACUCUAAAACUUUCCAUGCUGUCCAUGACUCCACAGAAGAAAACCUAAGAAUCUCAAGUCUGUUUUGUGUACAGCUCAUGAUCACAGAGUACAGCUCUGUGGCCACACGCUGAUGUCCAGCUGCUUGGCAUCCUGCGUGGAUUCUUUCCUCACCACAUGCUUGGAUGGCCUGGGGUGGGGCCACUCUUCGUGGGGAGGGCCGUGCAUUCAGUUGGCUUUUGCUUCGCUGGGGCUGAACUGGCUUCUCUGGAACACUUGUCAUUGUGCAACAGUAACACCUGGAUUGGGGGCUGUGGCUCCUCCCACAGAGCGGUGGGCCUUAAGGAGCUGGAUUCUUAUUCCAUAUCAUGGGACUGGUAUCCAGGUGGGUCAGCAUGUGAGAAGAAGCCAAAUGCCUUGCGCUCUCCUCCAACCCCCACCCCACUUACAGACCCACAGGAAAGGCCUCAGCAGAGCCUAGCCCGACCGCUCCAACCAUGGCCCUUCACUGUGUCCACUGGGUCUCAGUAGCCGCCCCUGUAAAACACUGGGAAUGUCUUGUACUGGAGUCCACCAGGUAGAAUGGGGUUUAACCACCAGAGUCAUGGCUUAACAGCCACCACUGGGACCUUUCCACUUGGCAGCUCUGCCCUUUCCUGAUGCCUAGAGCAAUGCCAUGGACAGAUUGCCUUGGAGAUAAGCAAAGCGUUUAAAGAGGCACUGUUUAUUUCCUCCAUGGAAUGUGGCAGAAGAGUAACUUUCUUAGGACAGACAACCACUGAGUUUUUUUCCAGGUAAACAUGGGCCGAAUUUGAGUGUACCAGGCGACAUGUUGAUUAGCCAAAAAAUGCUAUUAAUACACAAUGCUUCUAUUUUUUUUUUUUUUUGUAAUCUUGUUUCAAAAUGUCAAAAAAAGACAGUCUACUUAUCAAUAAACUUCUGAAAAAAGUCA